CUCCCACUCCCGCUCCUCCGCUCCUCCAAGGGAUGGCCGCCACCGUGCACGCGCAGAACGCCUCGCACAAGAUCGUGCAGGAGGCCGGCACUUUCAAGUCAAACACCAAAGUCUGCAUCGACAGGCUCAUCGAGAAGGCGAACGACCUGGUGGACAGCCGGGCCGACCUGGGCGAUGAGCGCACCCUCGCGAUGCUCGACAAGUGCGAGGCGGUGCUGCGCGACCUGAUCAGCUCGGAGGCCGCCGCGAAUGCACUCGGAAGCGUCAACGACUACCUCUCCUCCGCCGCGCCGAGCGCGCCCGACGAGCUCGAGGCCGGCUUCAAGGAGCACCUCGAGAGCGCCGCCUCGCGGCAGCGGGCGGGAGGCAGCGGCGACGGGGGCGACGCCGCCUUCCGGGCGCACCCCGAUGCGCGCCAGCUGGCGAGCCUGCGGGAGCGGAUUGCCGGCGGUUCCGGCUCUGGCGACGACGACGAUCCCGUCAUGACGCAGCAGACGCUCAACUUCACUUGCCCCAUCCUGCAGACGCGGAUGAGCGACAAGGGCGAGCUGCGGCCGAUGAGCGCGGCGCAUCUGCCCGGCCACACCCCCCGCUGCGUCUUCUCGCACAAGGGCAUCCACAGCUGGCUGGUUGGCAGCCGGCGCAGCCAGUGCCCCGUCUGCAAGACCCCCACCACCUUCAGCACCCUCAAGGAGUGCAAGUCGACGGCGCGCCAGAUCCGGAGCAGCGCACACGCCGCCGACGACGACAUGCCCGACGCCACGCCCGUCGACUGAUGCGUCGGCUGGAGGCGUCGAUCAUCUCGGGCCUCCCAGCCCCGUAAAGGGGCACACGCCUCUGGAGGGCUCUCGGGCCUCGGAUGGCGCGGCGGGGGGGUGACGCGGCUGGACGGCGGCGACGCCACGCCGUGGCGGGCUCUGGUGUAUCGUUAUCGAGCCGGCGCGCCGGCGGGGACGCGCAGGGGGUGGGUGUCGACUGGCGUAUUGAGACGGCGCGUGUGCUGCUCUCUACCGGCUCGGUCAGAGCCGGGCCCCGAGCGCGCCUUGGAGCUCUUGCGGCGCGGCGCGCAACCCGCACGCCGCAGAGGCGUGUGAUGGUGGGGGCUCAAAGCAACCACACACACACUACACACACGGUAUGGCAUACGGGAGUAAUUUUUUCAUGUGAACGUUCUUCUGGACGC